GCAAAAAGCGCGGCUUAUCUCGCCUUAUCAUCCACGCGCCGAGAGGCAGAGUGCGCGCGACGGCUCCAGCGACCCGCGACCCGGCCGGAGAAGAGCUUCAGCGGCCAUCAGCAGCGGCUCAGCGCAGGCGACAGCUCAGCUGCAGACCGAGGUGCGCGCGAGAGGCCGAUGCCGAUGCAGCCUCCUCGAUGAAGGCGCUCGGCGACGAGGCAUGCCAAGCGGACGCGGCAGCGGUGCACAGCUGCUGCAAGCGCGCGCCGCCGGGCCAGGCCGCCGCCGCCACCCAUGCACCGCCGCCGUUCCUCGCCGUUGCGGCUGGGCUGCUCCCCCGCAAACGGACGAUGCGUGCCAAAUUCGCAGGCUCUGGGUGGCCGCGGAGGGUCAGGAGGUGGAGCGGGCCGGCGAGAAGCAGCUGCUUUGCCGUCGUCGUCCGUCAGCCGUCCCUCCCACCCUGACACAUCCACCGCCGCCAUGAGCAUCUCUACCCGGCCAGCCUCCGUGGCGUCGAGCAGCAGCAGCCGCUCGCUCGUCGACACGGGCGCCACGACGCCCGAGCAUGCCGAGGGCAGCGCCAAGCCGUCGCCGCCCUCGUCGGCGUCGUCGCUUGACAGCGAGUACGGCGCGCUGCUGCCGCGCGUGCCCAAGUCGGACGACGUCAAGCCGCUCGCCAUCGACGCCGGCACGCCCGACGCCUGGAUCCCGCGCGAUGAGCGCCUCAUUCGCCUCACCGGCAAGCACCCGCUCAACACGGAGCCGCCGCUGAUCGAGAUUCUCAAGACGGGCUUCCUGACGCCGCAGUCGCUCAUGUACGUGCGCUCGCACGGCGCCGUGCCGCACGUCAGCGAGGGCGCGGCGAAAGACUGGAAGCUGCGCGUGCACGGCCUCGUCGAGCGCGAGGUCAGCCUGACGAUCGACGAGCUCAAGGAGAAGUUCGAGACGGUGACGCUGCCCAUCACGAUGGUGUGCGCGGGCAACCGGCGCAAGGAGCAGAACAUGGUCACCAAGGGCCUCGGCUUCAACUGGGGCGCCGCGGGCGUGUGCACGGGCCUGUACACGGGCAUCUACCUCGCCGACCUGCUCGAGUACUGCCGGCCGAUCAAGCCGCUCGGCGCGUUCCCCUACGACCGCGACGUGCCCGGGCGUGCGCGCCACGUCAUCUUCGAGGGCAUCGACGAGCUGCCGAAGGGCAAGUACGGCACGAGUCAGCGCCUGCAGUGGGCGCGCGACCGUUCCAAGGGCAUGCUCAUCUGCUGGGGCAUCAACGGCGAGCCGCUCAGCCCCGACCACGGCUUCCCGCUGCGCCUCGUCGUGCCCGGCCAGAUCGGCGGCCGCAUGGUCAAGUGGCUCGACCGCAUCGAGGUCUCGGCCUCCGAGAGCCAGCACUACCUGCACUUCUGGGACAACAAGGUGCUGCCGACGCAAGUCACGGCCGACCAGGCGCGCGAAGAGGAGCACUGGUGGAAGGACCCCAAGUACAUCAUCAACGACCUCAACGUCAACGCCGCCGCCUUUGCGCCCGACCACAACGAGACACUCGCCAUCGCCGGGCCGAGCGCCGUGCGCACGUACAAGCUCGGCGGCUACGCCUACACGGGCGGCGGCAAGCGCAUCACGCGCGUCGAGAUCUCGCUCGACGACGGGCGCAGCUGGCGCGAGGCGGUGCUCGAUCUGCCCGAGGACAAGUACCGCGAGCACCCGAUCCGCAACCACCCGUUCUACGGCACGCUCGACCUGAGCGAGAGCGAGAUGAGCUUCGCCUGGUGCUUCUGGGAGCUCGAGGUCGACGUCGCGCAGCUCGCCGAGUCGAGUGUCAUCUCCGUGCGCGCGACCGACGAGGGCCUGGCGUCGAUGCCGCGCGACAUGUACUGGAACGCCACGUCGAUGAUGAACAACUGGUGGUUCCGCGUCGCCGUGCACCGCGACGGCGACAUGCUGCGCUUCGAGCACCCGACGCUCGCAGGCACGGCCGCCGGCGGCUGGAUGGAGCGCAUGAACGAGGAGGGCGAGGACCCGCGCUACCCCGUCUUUGAGAAGACGGAGAAGACGGAGGCGGCGCCCAAGCCCAAGAAGGAGAAGAUCGACGUCACGGCGCUCAUGACGGACCCGGAGAAGCUCGCCACCGUCGUCACGCGCGCGCAGGUCGCCGAGCACGCCAACGAGACGGCGCCGUGGUUCGUCGUUGACGGCCACGUCUACGACGGCACGGCCUUCCUCGAGGGCCACCCCGGCGGCUCCGAGUCGAUCACGCUCGUGGCCGGCGAGGACGCGUCGGAGGACUUCAUGGCGAUCCACUCGAUGGACGCCAAGAAGCAGAUGCGCGCCUACCACGUCGGUAAGCUCGAGGCCGGCGGGCUGGCGGCGCAGGCUGAGGAGUCCGAGGCCGAGCUGCACGACCCGGCGCGGCCCUUCCUGCGCGUCAAGACGUGGAAGCGCUCGCUGCUCGGCCGCAGGACGAAGCUGUCGCACGACGCCGCCAUCUACCACUUUGCCCUCGACGCGCCAGAGCAGGAAGUCGGCCUGCCGAUCGGGCAGCACGUCUACCUGCGCCUGCGCGAGGCCGACGGCAAGGUCGUCGGCGAGGGCGAGGGCACGCUGAUCCAGCGCGCCUACACGCCCUUCUCGGGCAACGAGACCAAGGGCGAGCUGCAGAUCCUCAUCAAGACGUACUUCCCCGCCAAGGACGGCAGCCGCGCCGGCGGCAAGUUCACCAUGCUGCUCGAGUCGCUGCGGCCGGGGCAGGACUACGUCGAGAUGAAGGGCCCGCUCGGCCACCUGCAGUACCGGCCCGGCGGCGUCAUUGCGCUGCACGGCGAGGAGCGGCGCGUCAAGCGCGUGGCGAUGAUCGCCGGCGGCAGCGGCAUCACGCCCAUCUGGUCGACGCUCAAGGGCCUGCUCGAGGACGCCGACGCCACACACGUGCAGAUCGGCAUCAUCGACGCCAACCGCACCGAGUCGGACAUUCUGGCGCGCACGCAGCUCGACGAGAUUCUCGCGUCCAACGCGCAGCGCAACGUCAAGCUCUGGCACGUCCUCUCCGGCGAGACGCAGCCUGAGUGGAGCAUGGGCCGCGGACGCAUCACGCGCGACCUGCUCGCCACGCACCUGCCGGCGCCGCCGAGUGGCGCCGACGACGACGAGGCGCUGGCGCUCAUCUGUGGCCCGCCGCCGAUGGAGGAGGUCGUCGUUGCCGCGCUCAAGGAGCUCGGCUGGCCCGAGAGCAGCAUCGUUCAGUUCUAGGUCCCCGCUCCGCUUCAUGCUUGUACUGUAGUGCUUCUGGGUGACGCAGAUGUCCAUUACAUGUCUUCACUGUCUGCUUCGUCCUCCUCCUCGUCGCUCUCCUCGCUCUCGCUCUCCUCUGCGUCCUCUGCGCACACGCGCUCCCACUCCGUCUCGAGCCAGCGCGCGUCCGCCUCGCUCAUCUCGCGCAGCGCAUUGCGCAGCAGCCUGAGCGCCUCUUGCGGCUGCUCCAUCUCCUGCAUGACGAAGCGCAGGCGCGCCAGCACGCCCUCGCGCGACGUGGCC